AUAAUACUUCAGUGCUCAACUAGGCAAGAGACUGGAUCAGACAACAGUGAUUGUAUUUUUUUAUCUUGGCUGCCCUCUUGUGGUUGUUUCUGGUACUGCGUCUGCCAGAUGAAACCCCGCCCACUUGUAACUGCAUUUAAUCCAUUACCGUAAAUCAGAUCCUGCCUUGAAAUCUGCAGCUGUAACGAUCACAAAAGAGCAGUCAAACAUCACUUGGCCGUUGAUAAACCAUUUCCCUCAAAACAGACACAAUCCAUACAUUAGUAUAUAUAUUUGGAUAACCAACCGUCCACUGAAGCUUUAUUAAAUGUCUUUGAUUCGUGAGGAGGAGGAAAGGUCCGCCAGUAGGCGUGGCCAUAGCAACAGCAGUAACGACAAACAGGUUGAGAAAGAAACAAAACGCAUCUUUCACUCGGUCGAUCGUGUUUUCUUCAGCGUUUACUUCACUUGGUUAUACUUUCACUGCUGUCGGGACAGUUGCAGAGAAGUUUCCCAGAGAAAACCAGGGAGUGAUACGGGAAGUGUGACGUCGUCUUUCUCCAUCUAAAGCCGCCUCCCCAUAAUGUCCGCUCCUGGUUACCCAGGCUCCUACCAGAUGUCUGGUGGCAACUCCGCACCUCCAUGUCCCGAUCCUGCGGGGGGUUACGGAGACCCCAGUCAAGGCAAGGGCUACAAUCAGGGUCCUCCCGAUCCUGUCAUGUAUCAGCCGGGUCAAGGGCCAGAGUAUGGAGACCCGCAUGGUGGGAUAUCCCCGGCCCCCGCUGCUGGGGCUUCUGCUGUCGGGGUCCCACCCGGGCUCGAGUAUCUCACACAGAUCGACCAGAUCCUGAUCCAUCAAAAACUUGAGCUCGUGGAAGUAUUCACUGGCUUCGAGACAAACAACCAGUACGAGAUAAAGAACAGCCUCGGGCAAAACAUCUACAUGGCCAAGGAGAAAAACGACUGCUGCACCAGGAACUGCUGCGGCUCUCUGCGCUGCUUCGACAUGAAAAUCAAGGACACCAUGGACAGGGAGGUCAUCCACCUCAUCCGGCCUUAUCGCUGCAUGUCCUGCUGUUGUCCCUGCUGCCUGCAAGAGAUGGAGGUCCAGGCACCGCCGGGCACCACCAUAGGGUACAUCCAACAGGACUGGGACCUUUGUAUUCCAAAGUUUUCCAUCCUCGGACCAAACAAGGAGACCCUGAUGAAACUGGUGGGGCCCUGCUUCACCUGCAACUGCUGUGAGGACGUCAACUUUGAGCUGAAGGGGAAAGAUGGCGAGGAAACCAUUGGUCGCAUCAGCAAGCAGUGGAGCGGCCUAAUGAAGGAAGCCUUUACCGACACUGAUAACUUUGGCAUCCAGUUCCCACUGGACUUGGACGUGAAGAUGAAAGCUGUCCUCAUGGGCGCCUGUUUCCUGAUUGAUUUCAUGUUCUUCCAGAAAGGCGGAUAGGCCAACCAGCGCAGCUCGGUGUUUUCGUAGCCGAGGCCAAAGAAGAAGAGGGGUCACCACCAUGGAUUUUUAUGUUCUGCAUAUUGAAGUGACAUAAGACCACUAUCUGCUCUUUAGUGCAACGAGGUACCGGACCAGCACUGCCAGAGACCUACAAAAUCACCUCCUGCCGGCCGCUGGUGCGAAUGUCUCUGACCAAACAAUCAGAGAUAGGCACCAUGAGGGUGGCCCGUGGGCCUAGCGUCCUCUAGUGGGCCUUGUGUGCACUGAGACAUCAUACUGGGACAUUAUGUUUCUGUGAAUACUCCUGAGAACCCGCUUGAGUUGCUGCAGUGAAAUUUCAGCAAAAUUAAUUAUUUUGAUCUACAGGGUUUCGUUGAAUUCAACCUUCUGUAGGUUGAUCAUUUUCACUUCCAUCAAAUGAUCUGGCAUCAUUUAAUUCCUAACACAUCACCCAGUCCAGCAGUAGAGAUAUCCAUUAUUAUUAUAUUAUUAAAUGUAUUUCAGCACUGAGUUGUAACACAAGAAGACAUCUUGUCAUGAACCCAGUGGCAUGACAGUUUCUGGCUCCCUAAUUCUCCUCCCCACCUGCCCUGCUUUUGCAAUUAACCACCUGGUCUGAAUCCGCUCAUCACUCACCUGCACAUUUGCAGGCUUCACCUUCAGUCCCUGCCAUCCCGCAGCAACUGAUUUUAGAAGAUGUAAAAAAUGUUUUAUUCUAACUGUUACUGUGUAUCCAUCCAUCCAUCCAUCCAUUCUCCACCGCUUAUUUGGAACCGGGUCGUGGGGGCAGCAGUCUCAACAGAGAUGUCCAGACCUCCCUCACCCCAGACACUUCCUCCAGCUCUUCCUCCAGCUCUUCCGAGGGGAGUCCGAGGCGUUCCCAGGCCAGCCGAGAGACAUAGUCUCUCCAGCGUGUCCUGGGUCAUCAAUGGGACAUGCCUGGAACACCUCCCUAGGGAGGCGUCCAGGAGGCAUCCGGUACAGAUGUCUAAGCCACCUCAGCUGACUCCUCUCAAUGUGAAGGAGCAGCGGCUCGACUCCGAGUUCCUCCCGGGUGACCCAACUCCUCACCCUAUCUCUAAGGGAGCGUCAAGCCACCCUGCGGAGGAAACUCAUCUCGGCCGCUUGUAUCCGCGAUCUUAUCCUUUUGGUCACUACCCAAAGUUCAUGACCAUAGGUGAGGGUAGGUGUGUAGAUUGACCGGUAAAUCGAGAGCUUCGCCUUUCGACUCAGCUCCUUCUUCACCACGACGGUCCGGUACACCGACCGCAUAACUGUGGACGCUGCAUCGAUCCGUCUGUCAAUCUCAUGCUCCAUCGUUCCCUCACUCGUGAACAAGACACAGAGAUACUUGAACUUCUCCACCUGAGGCAGGACUUCCCCACCCACCCGGACAAGGCACGCCACCCUUUCCCGGUGGAGAACCAUGGCCUCGGUCUUGGAGGUGCUGAUUCUCAUCCCUGUCGCGUCGCACUCGGCCUCAAACCGCCCCAGCACAUGCUGAAGGUCCCGGUCUGAUGAAGCCAACAGGACAACAUCAUCUGCAAAAAGCAGAGAUGAAAUCCUGUGGUUCCCAAACCGGAUCCCAUAUUCUGCUUCAACUCUGAACCGCUUCAAUGUAUAUUGUUUUCAUGUUUUGGACCCUAAAGUAAAACUGUAGCUUUUUUUCUCUUACUUUGCAUCUGUUUUCCAUUUUGUUGCAGUGUUUUCAGGAAAAAGGUUUUAUGACUUUUUAUAAUUGUUUACUUACAUUUCAGUAAGAAAGAAAAUAAGUAAAAAUGUUGACUCCUCUGUAACUUCUGUAUCCUGAAAUCUCAUCUCAUCUUGAAGGAUAGUAAAAAAAUGGUGAUCAUUUAGAAAUAACUUGUAAACGAUAUCAAUCACCUGAGAACAAUUGCAUGUGGAGUAAAAUAAAUAUUCCAGUGCUCACCUGGGCAAGAGGCUGGAUCAGACAACA